AUGUCUUCUCAGAGCUCGGAAGAGCUGUUAAAGGCAGUUGAGGCGUGCCAUGAGCAAUACCUCCGAAGUCUCCGAAGCCUCCAUGAUUCUUUGGCCGGCACCGUUAGAGAGAGAUCAGACUCGCGAACGUCAGUCACCCUGCAGCCGUCGCCAUUGCUCCGUCCUUCCCAUAGCCCAGUUCAAAGCCCCGUACAGAGCCCGAUUCUCUCACCAGAGGCAACCUUUCAGCCAACACUACGUCGUGCUCGUCGGUCAACACUCUCCGAUCCCAUCGAGAAGCGUCCAAUACAUGUCACUGAAAGAAAACAUGUUCCAUCCUCGAUUCAUUCGGAACUCGACGUUGAGUAUUUGCCUCUGCUGGACGUCCCGAUUCACCGCGUCGCAUCCGACGGCUCCUUCACCUCUCCCUCGCCGAGACUCAUCGAACGGGUUUCUUGGACCGACCCCCAGCUUCUUCAUCACCUCAAACACUUUGACUUUACCGGCGGCGUCGCUAUCGCUCUUGCAGACGUGAUUAAGAAACAGACCGAGAUUGACGAAAACGCAGACUUCGAGAGUUUCGCUGCCUACGAGAGUCAGGGCUACAUUAGCUCUACGUUCGAGCUGUACGACGUGGACACGGAAGGCUGCCCUCGGCCAGUAGGCAAGCAACCUGAUCAGCCGCCCCGUGGCAACGGCACCACCUCUGCUCAAAGCCAAAUUGCCGACGCGCCAACAGUAUGGAAUGCUCUCAAAGGCAUCCACGCCGACGGCAAAGCAGUCGGUCUCGUGACCAUCCUACAGGAACCCACGGCGCUGAUGCUCGGAGCCCUGCACAUGACAAUGGCACCGUAUUUCGACAUGACGGAACUCUUUAACCACCUCAUCACGGACCACGACAACAAUGGAAAAACAACAGCCUACGUCCACCGUGCCUUCGCCAAGGACUCGUCACCUCGACAUAUUCGGCAGCGCAGCUUCUUCUUUGCCUUCAAGUACUACACUGUUGUAGGCGAAGGGUUAGAGCCCGCCCCCUGGCAGAAGUAUGACAACCGCCCUCCGGACCGCCGAUCGCCUGACCAUAUCGACAUUGCAGAAUGUAGCUCGAUACUUGCACUCUCUCUGUCUGGCCAGCCACGGCAGUCUGUCAAACAAAACCGCAGGCGCGAAGGCACUCAGGAAGGAUUCCUCUUCGACACUUUCGCGCCAUGGCACUUGUUGUCCAUCCAAUCAUUCCCAGAUGACGAACACACGCUUCGCGGCAGCGAGGCCGAGGCUCGCAAAACUUUUCUUUCGGGGCCAUAUGCAUUCAUGGAUGCUCUGGUAACAGAGUACCGCGAUGCCACGAAGCGCAACGCAACAUUGCACGCCCGCAUCGCGAAGCUCAUCACCCCCCCGACGGAUUUCAUGUUCGAUGGCCGGCUGAGAGACAAACUGUUGUUUGAGGACAAGCAUUUCACAUACAUCCGAAGAUAUUUUUGGGCUUACAACACACUGGGGGUCGUCAACGAAGGCCUGCGCGCAAUGUUAGCCGCAUAUUACGAUAACUUCCCUGAUGACUUCUGGGAAGGCCGGCAUCCGACGCUCUGGCCUCACCCGACCCCCGAAUCCCCUGAAGGCCGGGCGUAUCGGGAUAAGAUGGCACCACUUCGUCUGGAUCUCGAGCGCGCCUGCCGGGAUCUUGAGACAGUACACGCGAAGAACGUGGCUACAAGGAAGGAAAUUGAAAACUUGCGAGACCAACUCUUUAGUGGUAGCUCCAUCAAAGAGUCACGGCGGGCCAUUGAACAGGGCGACAACAUCAAAGUCCUUACCCUGGGCUCAAUGGUCUUUUUGCCGCUGACCUUUGUCACAUCCGUCUUCGGCAUCACAGAGUUCGACAUACCACCGCAGAACUGGCGUUUUGCAGUGACGAUGGUUUGCGUCUGCGUCCCCUUCAUCCUCGCCCUCAUCCUCUUACAGACGCGAGCUGGGUAUUCCCUGGCAAAACACACUUUCGCCGCCAUCACCUGGCCAUUCCGGUAUUUCAUGGAUACCGGAGCUGAAGAGAAGGCACUCCCGACCGUGACUAUGCCAGCGGUCGAGGUCAAGCCUCGCAGGAAGAGACGGUUGACACGUCGUUGGCAGCCGCAGCAGCCGCCACGUGAAGGCUUGGGGACGACGCAAGGCCUUUGGAUGAACUGGAGGCCUUGGCAGAGCGAUGGAGUGGUAAAUGAGGUCUCCAUAGACAAGCGAGACGUCGGGAAAGACAACGAGAAGGCUUUUGCGAAUGUUUGA